AUGGUGACGGCGGGGAGGGGGCAGCAGGGUGGCUCCCCGUGGCGGCGGGGAGCCUGUGGCUCCCGCGGCUGCUGCCCGCAGCGCCCGACACGGUGUCGGCGUCCGAGGAUGGGCACGGCGGCGGCGGCGGGGGAGAGUCGGCAGGACCUGCAGGCUUUCCGCGACUACGGGGAAAGCUGGUACCUCUAUCGCAAGGGGCUGGAGAGCCGGUUCCAUCCGCAGGAGCCGCUCGCCCGGCAGCCGCAGGUGACGGCUGAGGCGCGGUGCAAGCUGGUCAGCUGGCUCAUCCCCGUGCACCGGCACUUCGGCCUCUCCUUCGAGGCGCUCUGCCUCGCCGUCAACACCCUCGACCGCUUCCUUGCUACCACCCCCGUGGCCUCUGACUGCUUCCAGCUCCUGGGGGUGACGGCGCUGCUCAUCGCCGGCAAGCAGGUGGAAGUGCAGCCCCCCAGCGUGAAGGAGCUCCUCGCCCUCUGCUGUGGCGCCUUCACCCGCGAGCAGCUCCGCAACCUGGAGUGCCUCGUCCUGUACCGCCUGGGCUUCGACCUGGCGGCACCCACCGUCAGCUUCUUCCUGGAUCACUUCAGCCAGGUGCGGCUAGAGGCGCGGGGUUUCGACGCGGGAGAGGCUGCGGAUGCCCGGAGCCUGGCGAGGGGGUUUGCGGAACUCAGCCUGGCCGACUACUCCUUCAUCAAAUACGCUCCCUCCCUGCUGGCCGCCAGCAGCCUGGGGCUGGCGGACCGGAUGCUGGGCCACCGCUGCCCCCUGGACCUGCGGGUCUGUGGCUACCCGGAGGGGCUCCUGCUGCACUGCAUGGAGCAGUUGCAGCUCCUGGUGUCUCUGAACGGACAGUCCCUGCCGCUCCUCUUGCCCCCGGACGUGGCCCAGAAGUGCUCCUGGCUGAGGAGCGGCUUCUUGCCGCACGGUGACACCGGCGGCAUCAACAACAGCCUGCACCUCUGGCAACCACGGUGCUUGCCUGGGUCCGGAGAUGAGCUGGCUCCGCGCUAG